AGCCAAAGCCAAACUUACUUAAAAAUCAACCAAAACAAAAUUUCAAUUACCAUUCCAUCUUGAGUUUUCAUGAAAUCAAAGUGCUCCAUGCAGUUCCUAUGGAACUUUACUAUGCUAUAAUGUGAAGAAUAUUGACCGCUUUCUCCAUGACCGCCUUUUCCAUGACGGUGGUAUAUUCUAGAUAAUUCUAGAUGUAUAUUUUCUUUAAAUGCCCAUGGUGAAAAACAAUUGCCAAUAUAACCAAAAACUAUAUUUGGGAGUUUCCCAUUUCGAAAUAUGAGGUGGACCGUAUUCAGGAACUAGAUUCUCCUGUGGAUGCUCCAAAAGAACACUGGGGUAAUUUUUCUAAAUUAAAAUACGUUAGUUUAACAAAAAAAAACACACACACAAUUAGAAAAGACAAAAAAUUAUACCGUCACUAUAUUUUUUUUGGGAGGAAAUUGAGUCGAUGAUAACAAAGCUCUUCAACUUCAAUAAUGUGAGGCUUGUUAUCCGCUUCAAAAGGAAGGUUAAUAAUAUGGGAAAUGAUUGAUCUCAGCGCUUUGACAUCAUCCAGUUGUUUGUCUUGAAUGUAGUUAGUACUAACCCUACGGCUUUCCAUAUUGGACAAGAUACCACGCAACUGCUUAUCCCCUGGAAAAUCCAACUUUGAUUGAGUGGAUACUCAAUCUAAUGGUAGUCGUUCUUCAAGAACAUCUUCUUCAAUGUUGCAAAAAUGGGCUGGAAUAUUUGUAUAAGUUCGUCCUUGAUAUAGGACCACCAAUCUAUUGUUGGUGGUCGAUCCUUCAAUUUAUUUUCCAUCCAAGUGCUUAAGCUGCCUUUAUAUUCGCCCGUAAUUGCCCUUCUCUGUGAAAUAUCUAGAUAGUGCAUUUGCAGACAAUUACCGUGGUAUGAAUGACAGAUAACCUGUCUUUGGUACCAUUGUUUUAUAAAAUCCACUGUUGGAGCCAAGAAGCAAGAGGUUCGACCAAUUGGUUUUUCGUUCGCAAAAUAUUUGCAUCCGAAUCGGAGGAGCUGACUGCAAUUCUGCACUGUUCGUACGAUAACGUCAUGGCUGAGAUGGAAUCAUUAAAAGCCAAAAGGAAGGGGACAUCUUCUUUAUCCCACGAAGACGCCAACUUGGAAUCCGUUAACGAGCUUCAAAGCCCGCCAAGGAUUCGAACAAGAGGACGUCCAAAAAAUAGGCUAGGUUCAAAGUUGGACAAACAGAUCGCAAAUGCCACAAAGAAGAAGAAAACGAAAGUUUUAAGCGAGAUAAACUUGUUUGAUGCUGCAUCAGUGGUGCAUUCAAAUUCCAGCCAAUAUUAAGGACAUGUUAUGAAUUAUCAUUUCAGGGUACCAGGAGCAGGGGAUAACUCUUUGGGUGUAUAGUUACAGAAUAUGGGUGUAAAAGCACUGUUCUUUUGGGUGUAUUUUUCUGAAUUUUCUUGUGAUUCACAUUCUACAUAUAGAUACAUAUAUAUAAUAUUAGGGUUCAGGGUUUUAGGGUUUACAGGUUAGGGGGUAAGGGUUUAUGUUUUAAGUGUUUAGGGUUUAGGGUUUUAGGCUCAAAGCAUCAGGGGGAUAGAUCUCAGGGUGUAUAUUCAACUUUCUUUGGGUGUAAAAAAUCGCAGGUUAUGGGUGUAUAUUUGAUUUGAUGUUUCUCUUCAUAUUAUAGUGCCUGUAAUUCAUACAUUUUGAAUAAAGACAAUUUAACAGCACAGACAAUUUGGGUGUAUAUUUAAGCAAUCUUGGGUGUAUAUUAAACUUCCUUUCGGUGUAAAAGUUUAUAAUUU